AUGUCCAUGAUAAAGCUUUUAGAUGGUAGUAAGUUUUGGAUGCAUGAUCAAUUUAGAGAUCUUGGAAGGGCGAUUGUUCGUCAAGAAAAUCUAAAGCACCCAAUCAAGCGAAGUAGGGUUUGGAAUGAUGAUGAUGCCCUUAACAUAUUGAGAUCAACAGAGAGUAAGGAAAAUGUUCAAGCACUCAAACUGCAAGGAGAAAUUUGGGAAGAUGCUCGUGUUAUCGUUACUCCUGAUGAGCUUAGACGCUUUCAACAUCUGUGGUUCCUUUGGUUAAGAGAUGUAUCCUGCGAGGGGGACUUUACAGGUUGUCUUUCAGAAUUGAAGUGGAUUCGUUGGCGUUACUUGGAUUAUCCUUCUUGGUUAACUCGAGUUUUUAAAGCAACCAAUUUGUGUCUAGAGAAUCUAGUAGUGGCAGAGCUUUCAGGAGAUCAAAUCACAGAUGGUUUGGUGGAAAGCCUAAUCAAGGAGGGAAAGAAAUUGAAAGUUCUCACUCUCGAACAUAGUUUGGGCAUAACUAGAACACCUAGUUUUCCUGAAUGCUCAACUUUAGAAAGAUUGACUCUUCAACAUUGUGCUCAUUUGGUAAAAAUUGAUCGCUCCAUUGGGAAUCUAAGGUGCCUCAUUCACUUGAAUAUUAACUCGUGCAAGAAACUUCAAGAUUUGCCUGAGAAACUUGGAGAUCUACUAAAUCUUCAAUACUUCUCUGUAAGGGACUGUUCCAGCUUGAGUGAACUUCCUGACUCUGUUUCGCAAUUAACAUUGUUGAUGAAGCUGGAUGUAUCGUCCACGAUGAUUACGAGAUUACCUGAUUCUAUUGGUAGACUAACACGUUUGGUAACUCUCAAGAUCUCAUCCACGCCAAUUGCCGGACUUCCAAACUCCAUCAAUGAUUUACAGAGUCUUUCGUCUUUCCAUGUAAGUCACAAUGUGAUUGAGGAACGCCCCACCUUCAUGGAAAACUUACAAUUUUUACGAGUAUUCAAAUUGUUAGGUGGGGGUCAUUUUGCAGCACGAUGGGAGUUACCUAGCAUCAUUGGAAGGUUAAGGAAUCUAGAAGAGUUAUACGCGGAUUAUUUUCCAGAGCUAGAGGGUGAAGUUCCUCCUGAAAUUGGAGAAUUGUCCUUGCUAAGAAUCUUAAGCUUAAAGCAUACUCGGAUCGUUAGGGUGCCUGGGACUAUCAGCAAGCUUCAUCCCCUCCAAACACUGGACUUAGAAGGUUGUGAUGAGAUUCAAGAGUUGCCGGGGCUUCCCGACAGUUUAAUCGUUUUGCGUCUGAAAUCCAAGUCUAUACAGAUAGUCCCUAACAUCUCAAACCUUACAAAUUUAGUUGAAUUGCUCCUAUCUGAUGGCUCUGAAAAUGGGAACCCUUCAAAUGUAAUUCAAACUUGUGACUUACAGUGGAUCGGGAAGCUAUCCAAACUGAAAAAGUUGGAAUUGUGCAUUUUAAAUGUCCCCUCACCGCCUACAGAGCUGAGUUCUCUUCCUUUGCUCAGCCAGCUUACUUUAACUGGACUAGACCUGCAAACCGUCAGGAAACUUCCAUCGUCUCUGCUGGAGUUGGAACUGAAAAAUGUCAAUUCAAUAGAUUCACUAUCGUCGAACUUGAAAAAUUUGAUAGAAUUGAGGCUCUUUGCCACUCGAGUGAAUGAAAUGCAUCUCGAUGGCCUUCCACAGUUGGAAAGGUUGACCGUGUCGGAGUGUGAACUCCUCGUGAGAUUGUGCAUUGUGUCAACCAUAGCGAAACUAAAAGAAGCCGAGGUAUCUUCUUGUGCAAGGCUAGUUGAAAUUCGAUUUCUCGGUGCAUUGGAAUCUUUGGAGAAGCUUUCAGUCGAAAAGUGCUAUUCUAUGAGAAGGCUUGGCGGUUUAUCAAACUUGAAAAACCUGAAGGAUUUAAAAAUCCAGGAAAUCCCCGAGCUACAAGUCAUCGAGGGCCUUGAUGAAUGGAGACGACGUGCCACAAGCUGGAGACAUACAAGGCUUGAGCAGAGGAUACGAAACUUGAUGGAGCAUUGA